AUGAAAACUACAGUUGACACCGUUGUUUUUUACUUAAUAAUAUUUCAAACAAUACAAAGGUACGAAUGUCUUCAUUGCUACGCUUGCAAUGGCAAAGAUGAAUGCGGUAUUUCAUUUUCAUCUAAUUCAAGUACUAUUAAACGAGUCGAAUCUAAAGGAGAUGACUUCUUGGAUGUGUGCACAAUAUCUGUAAACUCAGAAGGUAUUACAACUCGUGGCUUAAUCCUUUCACCCGUGUGCCGCAGUUCAGCAAAUCAAUUUUGCUGUAAAGAAGAUUGGUGCAAUUCUUUACCUGCACCACCAUUACCUGCACUAACUUCUCGCACAUGUAGAAUCGAUCGUUGUUUGGGAACCAAUAAUACAUGCGAUAGUAUUUCCAAUAUUGCUACUCUUAGUAGUGCUACUGAAUCUUGUACAGGAGCAUUGGGAGAAUCAGAACAAACAGUAAUGAUGACAUACAAAAAGAAAUGUACACCUGGCCAAUAUGCUGCCACUCAAGAUGGAUCUUUUACUUUAGCACCGUAUUUUUGUUGCAAUUCUCCUGAAUGUAAUCAACAACGUGUGCCUCCUAAAGUCGCUAUUCAAUGUUACACAUGUGAUUCACGAGUAACUGGUUUAACCGGUUGUAGCACAUUUGAUUUGUCGAGUCCUCAUGUUUAUGAAUCUGGUUCAUCCGAUUCUGAUGAAGCUUGUGCUGUAAGAAUUUUAAAACGAAAAAAAGUGAUAUUCAAAAAUAAUACUAUUUUAAGACUAUAA